UUCGAUCGAAUGAUAUCGACCAUUGACAGUUAACUUACUUCCCAGCAGGAAAGGCACACCACACCGGGUCUUCCAUCCAUCCAUCCAUCCAUCCCUCCCUCCAUCCAUCCAUACGUCUCUCUGUCUGCACACAACAUACAGCCCCACCCCUCCACUCCACUCCCCUCCCUCGCUCAGACACACACGCACACAACCAGGUGCCGUCGGUCCACCAUUGUAGAGUCGGACAGCAGCCAGGCAAUGACUGACUGGUCAUCGGUGCCACCAGAAAGGGCGAACACAGGAACAACCAAUGGUCCCUCUCUCUGUGUAUUGACAGUGGCGUCGCGUGCACACCUCAUCCCAUCCCCCAGCCAGUAGAGAGAAUGUAAUGAGAGUGUGAAAAGACGCUGCUGUAGGCAUGUGUGUGAGCCGCUCGGCGGGCAGAGAGGAGAAAUGCGUUGGUUGUGCGUGGUUGGCAGGCAGACAGGCAUGUGUGUGCGGAGAGGUAGAAGCCACAUGUAUGUGCCGUUGCACACAUACAGCCACACACACACACACACACACACAUUCUGUAUGCUCAUCCUGUCACACACACUCUCUCUCUCUCUCUGUGUGUGUGUGUGUGUUGUGUAGGCGCACCGUUCACUCACCACGCGUGUCUGUCAACAAACUUCCAGCGAACUCCCUAGUGGAGAGAAAAACGAAUUGCUUCGGGCUAGCUACUUACCGCCAUAUACCUACCGUGGCCGCCGUGCCAACCUGCCUCUCCAAUGGCACAUAACACGAACACCAGAAGCUUGUCUCAACCAAUACUAAUACAUGAUUGCACCAUACAUGGCCUGUCUACCUCUCUGUCCCUCUGUCUAGACCACCGAUGGAUGACUCACGGCAACAAGUGGGUGGACGUGAGCCACACACAUGCGCACAUGAGUUAGGUCAAGCCUACCUAGGACGGCAGGCUGGCAGGCAGUCAGUCAGGCAGGCAGCAGGCACCUCAUGCGCUGUCUUGUCUUCGGUGAGCAGCGGCCGAGGCGAGACGCCUGCCUUGCCCCCCCACCUUCCCACCUCUACAGUGAUAUACAGAGACGUGUACAUAAACCUGCUGCAAAUGUAAUGUACCUACACGCAUGCCAUGCCAUGCCAUGCCCUGCACACAAUUAGGAAACAGGCAGAUAGAGACAUACAUACACACACCCAUGCAUGAUACGCACCACCUCGCGUACUAAACGGGGAGAGGGAGGAGGAGGAGGAGGAGGAGGGAAAAGGAAAAGGGCGUGGACACACAUAUCACACAAACACAUGGUGUCACGUCACACACCCCAUGCACAAGAGACACCGACCGAUAGAUACCUGUGCUCGUAUUGGGUCGGUCAGGGAGACAGACAGGGGAGAACGGGGAAAUGAACAAAUGCACACAGACGAACGGGCAGGAAGGAAGAUAUGAUGAAGACAGGCAGACAGCAUACAACAGGACAGGCACGAACCACAAAUGAGAGAGGCGAAAGGUAUGUGUGAACGUCAGUCAGUCACCGAACAACAGCGAGUCGAGCCAGUGACCUGCGACGAGAGUACGCACCGCACCUACCUGGGUGUGGUGUGCACUCACUUACACCACACCACAGCACACCACACCUGACGGACCCACGACACCAUGCCAUGCACACGCACAAACAAGCAAUGUAUCACACACCUAUCGUGCACACGAACGAAGAGAGACAGUGAGUAAGUUAGUAGGAACGACCUCUCCGCCACAUAUCCAUGACAUACAUACAUACCUACAUCACCAUAUAUACCACACUGACUACCCUAGCUUGGCUACCCUCACUACACAAAUGUAUCAAUCGCACCAUUGAUUGCCCCUUCUCCCUUCACACGAAUGUCAGGUCCAGCUGUGGCGGGGCGGGCAUGUCAACAAACCACUCCUUGCUGUGGUCGCUGCCCGCCCCCGCCCCCGCCCACGAUAUCGUGCAGGGGAGGGAUACCGGGCCCUCGGUGGUGAGCUUGGCGUGGUAGAAUGACAGCAUGCUGCUGCUGACUGGAGGCGCGAACACAGCCAGGGGCAGAAGGUUGAUGUCACCCUCGCCGCUCACAGCCCCCCGGACACAAGAGGGCUCAUCCACCACCUGUGCAGCGCAUGGCAUUGCGUCGACACGCACACAAAUGCAUCUGUCCAUCCACCCAUUCUUCGUGUGGGUGCUUCGUCUCUCUCCCCUUGUCCAUGUGUGAGACCCACCUCACCUGUUGCUGCUGCUCCUGUUGCUGCUGUGGUUGUUGUCUUGUGUUGUACGUGUAGGGCACAGCGUGUGGCGGCACGCUGUACUGGCGAUGCUGCACCACCAGCCGAGACCUGCUGCUGCUGCCAUCCACCAAACCCUCCCCAGCACCGAAGCCCUCACUGCUGGGGGAGCUGGUCGUGGUGGUGCUGCUGGCGGCCUCUGUGUCGUCAGCGUCGGUGCCGCCACACACAGGGGAGAGGGAAUGGGGCACGGAGAAGGGUGGCGGGGUGGACGACCGGCUCCGAGAGAGGGGUGGAGGCUGAUGGACGGCCUGAUGGUUGACAGACGGACGAUAGGCAGACAGACAGCAGAGCAGAGAAAGAGAGACGCACAUUAAUGAAGUCGUGCAUGCGAUGCUCGCUGGGUGUGUUGUUUGGUAAACCAUCCGUGUGCGUACGUUACGUACGUUGGCUUUGUCGUGUGUGCCGUAGAGGAGCCCGUCGCCGUAGAAGAGGCGACAGAAGCACUUGAAGGGGGCCACUGCCAACAACUUGCUCAUCUGACAGACAGAUGGAACACACACACACACACAGACAGACAGACGGAGCGCACGCACACAUGGGUGGGCACACGUCGGUAGACAGACGUUCGAUUCAUUCGCCGCACCUGAGCAUAGCCGAACGCCUGAUGGUCUAACACAAAGUUGUGCCUGCACACGGACACGUUCACACACAGAGAGAAUCAGGCAUGCCGCUCCCUCCCCCCCUCCCUCUCCGUUCUCUCCAAUCCUUGCUCACUCCUUGCGCAGUUUUUCCCUCAGCUGACACAGCAAGAUGCCCUUGGGGUGCUCAGCCAGCAUCUCCUCCAGCACGCUGGCCGCAUGCAGCAGCUUGGGCGUCGGCACACACUCAGCCUGGCAGGAUACACCGCCAUUGCCACCACCACAAUCGUCAGCGCCAGCAGCGGCCAUGAGAGGGAACGCCGCGCGUGUGGGUCCGUGAGCAGCCGCAGUUGGCUUCAGAAUGCUGUUCGUCAGUCAACACCACAGAACACACAGAAAUGUUGCUUGCAGCCAUCGAUGCAGGCCUGUGGGAAUGUAUCCUCUGUUGUGUGUCACGCCGUGUGGGUCAGUCAGUUGACUUACUUGUCUUCGUAAGUGAGGAUGCCCUUCUUGAUGGCCUGCUGCGUCAGUCUGCAGACGUGCCCCAGCGUCAUCGGCCGCCCGUACAGCACACCCAUGUCGCCCAGGCAGGGCAUGUGCUGCCGCACCAGCCUCUGCAGCAAGACCCACGCCUCGCCCGCACCCACCCCGGACGGCGGCUCGCACUUGCCAUUGCUAGUGCCUUUGCCACUGCCCUUGCCCCUGGUGCUGUUUGCUGCAAACAGCGCCAUGAUCUCAUAGCCAGUGCCGUAACGGCCCCCCUGACAGACACAACCAACACACAGAGAAGGGGAUAGAGGUGGAUGGGAUGGAUGGGCGUCAGUCAUAUGUCUGUAGGUGUGUCGGUAUGCAUACGCCCACUAAGUUACUUUGUAUUCGUAAAGGUGCAGGUCGGCGACGGGGUGGCGUGUGAUGGCAGCGUACGGUGUGGUCAUGAGUGCGGUGAAGAAGCCGAUCAGCUGCUGCCACACCACGGCAGGGUACUCGUAAUCGGCACGUGGGUCCACAAAACCCUCAAAACCUGCAGAUAACGACAGACAGGCAUACACAACGCCUUCGCUCCCUGUGUGUCAUGUGUGCAGGCUUGUGUCGGUGCUUGCAUCACCUUGUGGUGGUUCAAGGAGGUAGACGACAGCCUGUCCAUUCUUGUCGCCGCGCCUGACGCUGUAGACGCCCCUGAAGAGGGAGUAGGCCUGACACAACCAACACACAGAGCCAGAGAGGUGGAUGGAUGGGCGUCAGUCAUAUGUCUGUAUGUGCACCAUGAUGAUCCUCCGCUCCAGGUAGGGCGGCACCUGCAGGCCCCGAUGCUGGUACGCCUCCCUCACACGGCGACACACCUCGCUCUCGCCGGGCGGCGUCUCGUCCGCGUACAUGCCGUUGACUGCUUCGAGAAGCAGCUGAAGCAAAGACAGACAGACAGACACCCGUACACACACACAGCUGCGUGGACACUGACCGGUGAGAAGUGGUGUUUGUUGGCUUACGCCCAUGUCGAAGAGUGUGAGUUGUGCGCGCAGCAGCUCCCUCUCUAUGGCCUGCCCUCGCCGCACAGGGAGCCCCGACACAUGAUCUGACAAAAGACCAAAACAGACGGCUGCAGGUCUGGCAGCUUUCUGUUCUGUUGUCUUACCCAGGCAAGAGGCAGCAGGCCUCUGACGCAUUGCAAGGCCCCUACUCGUCAUCUUCUCCUCUCCACCUCCCUGGCAGACAGCAGAUACCCUAAUGCGUUGCUUCCUUGUUGCCAUCUCACAUGGAUUGUGUUUGGUGACACGUACGUGAUUCAAUCAACUGUCGAUGCUCAUCCCCCGCACUUUCAACAUCUG